GGCCGUCACGUGACCGUGCUCACGUGACGCGGCGGGCCCGGGGCCGGUGCGGGAUGGGCCCUCGGGACCGGCUCUUCAAGGUGCUGGUGGUCGGGGACGCGGCCGUGGGUAAGACCUCGUUCGUGCGGCGGCUCUCGAGCGACAGCUUCAGCCGGCACUACAAGAGCACGGUGGGAGUGGACUUCGCGCUGAAGGUGGUGCAGUGGUCGGAGUCCGAGACCGUGCGGCUCCAGCUCUGGGACAUCGCAGGGCAGGAACGCUUCACGUCCAUGACCCGGCUCUACUACAGGGAGGCCUCUGCCUGCGUGAUCAUGUUCGAUGUCACCAACGUCAGCACGUUCAGCAACAGCCAGAAAUGGAAGCAAGAUUUGGACAGCAAGCUCCUGCUGCCCGACGGGAGCCCCGUGCCCUGCUUGCUGCUGGCCAACAAAUGCGACCUCUCCCCAUGGGCAGUGACACGAGAAGAAGUGGAUCGGUUCAGCAAGGAAAAUGGCUUUUCUGGCUGGGUGGAGACGUCUGUGAAGGAGAACAAGAACAUCAAUGAGUCCAUGAGAGUCCUCAUUGAAAAGAUGAUGUCCUCAUCCGCUGGUGAUGGAAGUUCCUCUUCUGCUGGCAGCGGGGAUUACAUUAACAUAAAAGAGCCAACCCCGCCAGGCUGGGCUUGCUGUUAGAGCACUGAUGGGGCCAUCUGCUUGGCUCUAACAGCAACCUCCUCCUCUUGUUAUCACCAUUGUGUUUUCCUAUCCCGGCUGUCAGUGGUUUUGGGGGUAUUUCUGUUCCAUGCUCACGAGCUGCCUUGUGUUCAAUGCAAACUCCUCCUCAGCAGAGCAUCGCUGCAAUGACUUGGAGCAAGGAAAGAAGAGAGGAGUGAGAAGAUUCCCCUUGCUCUUGUGUAGUAGCAACUGGGAGCUCUGCUGCUCGUAACAGAGCAUGGUCCAUGUUCAAGCAUGUGGCUUGGACUGAUUUUAAGUGAUUUGGAGCACUUCAUCCCCUGCCACGUGCUGGCCUCGAGCAGGGCGAAGGAUGGCAAAGGUAUAUUUUUAAUACUGUUGCACCUUUUAUUCCCCACUACCAAGGGCACCAGUCCCAGGUGUUGUGACCUUCAUUCCAUGCACACUCUAUGCCUCUGGAUUCCCAGUGUGGGAUUGCAGCAAACUCUUUACUUUGUGCUUUGGAACUGCAGACCUCUGCUUACAUGUCCUAGAGGGACCAACACAGCUCUUCAUUGCCAGUAACUGCCUUAGGAUGGGAAGCCAGAUGUGGAUGAGCUGGUGUCCUGUGCAGCCAGACCUGUGAAAUCACUGGAGUGAUUUGAGAAAUGGGGUAGCACAGCCCUUACUUUUGUACAUCCCAACUGUGGUGCUUUACAGCAGAGACCUCAGACUUUCAUCAGGAAUCACCCACUUGCCUCUGUCCUUUCUCACUCAGCCUCUGCCUAGCACAAUCUCUCUGCUGCCACUUUAUUAGGGCAUAGAGAGUGGAAUGAGGAAUAGGUUGUAAACUCUUCUGUAUGACAGAACAUCCUUUUCCCUCACAGCACACCCUGUAGCCUGCCAUCUCAAAUAGCUUUGGAACUGCUGAGGAGUUGCUUCCCACAGCUGUUCUGUAGCCAGGAGUGACUUUGGUGGCAGGGAUGAUGUGGGACAGGGAGCUCCCUGAAAGCCCUCCCACUGGGUUUGGUGGUGCAAGGGGGGAGCAAAGGAGAAGACUUUGCAGGACAGGAAGGAAAUGAAGAGCACAUCCCCAGGUACUCGCUGGUGAGAGUGGUUCUUGCCAACAACAAGUGGGUAAAAGCUCACUAGAUGGUUACCAUGUUUAAAUUGCCUUGUCCUGAACCCUGCUAAGGGAGAACUCUGUUUCUCUGGCAAAGUCUUCCUCCUGUCUCUCUUUGCUGACUUUCUAUCAUCUGUGGAGGCAGAAGGUGAUAAGAAGGGUGGUUGCUUUCACUGAGCACGCUGAAAUGUGGGGUUUCACUCUCUGGAGUGGAAUAAGAUUGAUUAGGAAAGAGUAAGGGCUGAGAAAUGGAGAACUGCUGCUAUGUUCCACUGUGUUCAUGUCUGUGCUAGGGUUCUGUCCUGCAAAUGGUGCCAAAUCUGGGGUUAUAGGCACUUAAACAUACCCUUGUCUGUGCUGUUGUAGAAACAUGUGAAACGUGUAGAAGUGGGUAGUGACCAAAUGGAACUCUCUGGUUGAAUUUUACUUCCUAAAUACUGUGUUAAAAGGAAAAAAUCAGUGUUUUUUUAAUGCUAUAUUUCUAGUUCUUUAUGGAACAUGGGGGGAAGGGUCUGUUUUUUUAAAGGAUUUCUCAUGAAAACAUUUAAGCUUCAUGUUUUAUCUAUUGUUUUCUCUCUAUGCACCUCUAAAGUGUUUCAGCAAAGAGACCAAGUGUUAGAGCUGCCCUUACAAUGGGGAAACUGAGGAAUCCCUGCCCAGGACCCAGUCCCCGAGGUCAGAGCUUGGCACUUAAGAUUCCUAAUUCCUGUCUCCAUGAUCCAGCUGCUCAGCCCUGUGUCCUGUAGGAAAGUGCCUUUAUACCUUUUGCAUGUCGGUGUGGGACGUGCCAUCACCUCUUUGGGGUCUGGACCUUCUCACCUGGAUUUCUUCUUCCUAAGUGCCUCUCAAAAGCAAGCAGAAAGCCAAAGAAAGCUCUUUCAAGGUUUUCUUCUGUGGUACAUGAUUUCUGCUCAGCCCGGUGGGUACCGGUGUGUGCCUUGGCCUUGGUUUUCCUCCCACACUGGUUGCUGCUUCUUCACAUCUCAACAGACACAGCAGCCAAGUGUCAGAGAACAAGUGUGCACAAUGGAAAGAGCCGUUGCUUGAGAUGGGCAUAACCCAACCAGACAGGAAAAGGAUCUGACUGUGCACAUGUGUGUUCUCAGAGAAUAUAAGGUGCUCAAAAAGGCAACCCAACCCAAGCCAACCCCCCUUUGAUUCAGUGCUGUGAAACAGGGGUUUGGAAGUGCUCCUUGCUGGGGCAGGCAGUGUGGGGGGAACACUGUGAGAUGGGUUGUGCCCAGCUUGUCCUGGUGGGAAUGGUUCUGGCUUUUCAAACACCUCAAAGGGAAAAGCCACCUUGGAGCAAAGCCGUUUCUAAAAGUAUUUUAACCCAAGGGAAGUCUUGUGCAGAGGGAGAAGAACUCGACUCUAUCAAAUAUGAAUCGGGGAAGCCUCAGCUCGAUUCUGAUCAAUGUGCUCACUGCAGCAGGAAUGGAAAUGCACUCGAGCUCCUCUUCUGCUGUGCCUGCUUUGACUUUGUACUCGCUGGGUGACUCUGAGCCAACUGCACCUAUUUCCUUCUCUUCCACGUGCUGUUUCUCAUGCCUGUAACUUUCAUUUGUGGUCGCGGGACUCCAAACCACAUGAAAUGUAAGGGUGUAUUUUAUACAUUGAUGGCAGCACCCUGGGGGCCACAGAGCUGGGAAUUUUUACUGUAAUUGAAUGGGAAAGCAUGAGGGCAGAUUGUAGUGCAGAAAGAAGCCUAUAAUAGUAAAAGCCUUGUUUUGUUUGGUUAAACCGCUUGCUGUUACACAGACAUAUUGUAGAGACAGGGUUCUGGUUCCUGUAACAUUGCAUAUUACUGUGUUGAUUAUAAAGGGGUUUUCUCCAUCUCAGUCAGUCACUGGUGCAGUGUUGCAGGGGGUUGAAAUAAAAGCUUGAGUUGCUUAUG